AGUCACCUCUGCCACGGUAGGUCAUCUGCGGUAAAAACACUGACUCCAAUAUGACCCGCCGGUCAAACGGGACACGGUGCAGGUGAUCAUUUCCGGAGAAACCGUCUGGUCCCCGAGCGUUCUGAAGAGUUCGUGACUCUUCCUCACGAGAUUAUUUCGAUACAAUAACAGGAAGAAAGACAUGUGCGGCUCAGCAGAGCUUCCCUGUUGGUCCUCAUUGUAACGUGUCCACCUGAGGAAUCAGUCAAGCCUGAGAAUGUUUGAAAAUCUGAAGAAAUUAAGCAUUAUGACCAACGAGAGGAUGAGAUCUGACCAACUGUGGAGGUUCUGAUCCUCAUCCUGCUGCUGUGGAACAUCUUUUUUUUUUUCUUUUUUGAACUUUUAAUUCAAAUGGUCACCAUCCCUGGUCAUAAUGUUACGGCUCAUAGCUGUGAUCACCUGCUGUGAUUAAUAUUAUUGAUCCUCAUGAGCAGAAAUCCAAAAUAUAUUGUGAUGACUUGAUGAUUCCAGAUGCGCGACACAAAAAUAAAAAGCCACUUCAUUUUGACAUGACGGCGUGAGCUCGUGCUGCUGCCGCCUCAGAGCCCGGCUCUGAAUCCAGCUCCGACUUUGCAGGGUGUGGUUGUCUGUUCUCUUGGCACUCUGGUUGCCUCCCACAGGAAGUCGCCAAAGCAAACGCACUCUCACAAGGGGCCUGAGGGGAGUGUGACAUCAGUCUCCUUUUCAGUUCAUGGAAGCUAAAUUUAGCAGUGUUAGCGCUAGUGUUUGGAAAUAGGUUUUUAUAUCUAUAUUUCUAUUCUCAGUACACUCGCGCUAAAUGGCAAAUGAAUCACUCAUGUAUCUGUUCUAAACGUAACUUAAAGGAGAGACUAACUUUAGUGGCAUUGAAGAGGGUCAACAACAUGCUAACAGCCUAGCAUUGGAAACAUUCUUGUCCACUCUGGUGUUGAAAACAUCUUCCUUCAAGCUACAUUUAGAACAGAUACAUGUGUGAUUGAUUUGCCAUGAAUCGCAGGUUCACUCAUCUUUAGUGCGAUUAAUUGAGAUUAAAAUUGUAUAAUCGCUAACAGCUCCGUUUACGAGCGUAGCUAGUUUACUAGCUAGCACAGGUUUCUGGACGUCACGUGACCAGUUUUGCUGCUGACGCCAUGUUGACCGGAACAGCAGCAGCUAGCGUUCAGAUCUGCACUAGCAGGGAAAACAAACCUCAAAGAUUUGCUGCUGAACUCGGCUUUUUACGAACAAAACUAGCUGCUAGAAUUCGUGGUGGCAGAGAACUGAAAACGUUAACAGCUCAGAAUGUGUAGCAUGUUGCGCCUCAGGUUCUUCUGGAUAAAAUGCACUCUUAGUUUGUUCUGACAUACAUGCAUACGUGCAUUGUUUGAUGCACGUGUGUCACUGGGCCCAUCAAAGAGCAGCGGGGCCAGAUGUGGCCCUCGAGCCCUGAGUUUGACGCAUGCUCCGUGUCUUUGACUGCUUGUCUGUCUAAAUGAUGCCGCUGUCCAGGGUGUCCCUCGCCUCUCACACCCAUUGUAGCUUCCUCAAAAUGGCUGUCUGUUUUCCCUCUGAGUGGUGUUGGAUACAAACGGUGUCUUGAACAACAGAAGGGACGGAGGGAAAAGAGGAGGAGAGCGAGCCCGGCAACAGAGAGGCAGCUGUGCCACACACACGCGGCUCAGAGUGACUCAGGUGAGCUGCGAGAAGACCCCAGAGCUGCGCUGAAGCCGGCGACGCUGGAGGAGGAGGAGGAGGAGCUACUGAGCUCAGAGGGAGAGGAGAGCGUGAGAAGAGGCUGCAGGAGUGGAAGCAAGAUGGAGUGAUGCAACAGCGCUGCCAGACCGCGGAGGAGGAGAGGGACGUUUGGUUUGUGAGGGAACCUCGGGGUGUGACGGAGGGAGGAUGAGCAGAGCGUGGCACUUUCCUCUUUCACUCGAGACUUGAGGUGAGGCCGCCGCAGAGCCGCCGCCGUCUCCCACCCACCCACACACACACACCUGAGUAUCUGGGAUCACCUGUGCCAUGAGAGUCCGAGGCUGACCUCAGACGACCCCCAAGCCCGCCCCUCCCCCGCCCCCUCCACUCCCUCCACUUGGAUGUCUGGAUGUAUUGCUGUGGGCUGGGACACUGGCGGAGAGUGCAGUCCACCUAUGGAGACCGACAGGACAACGAUAUCGUCGAGGAAAGAAAUGCCCAGGCCCAGCUGGAAAAAGCCAAGUACAAGCCAGUUGCAUUUGCUGUCCGUUGCAACUUCUCUUACACGCCAGCAGAUGAUGACAAUGUUCCAGUUCCAGGCCAGGCUGUGACGUUUGAGGCCAGAGACUUCCUGCAUGUGAAAGAGAAAUUUAACAACGAGUGGUGGAUCGGACGACCUGUGAAAGAGGAUGGCGUGGUGGGCUUCAUUCCCAGUCCUGUCAAUCUUGAAACUAUCCUCAUCAGGCGAGAGGUCCAGGCCCGUAAAGCUGCCAAGGCCUUAGCCAGCAAAGCAUCUUCUCAAGCAGCUCAAGAUAUGAACUCUAAAAAGUACACCCCUCCGUCGCAAGCGACUCAGCAAGUGAAGAAGAAGCCAGGAGAGCAGGUUGCCAUGUAUGAUGUUGUGCCAACCAUGCGGCCCGUGGUCCUAAUGGGGCCGUCACUUAAGGGCUUAGAUGUGACAGACAUGAUGCAAAAAGCCCUCUUCGACUAUCUAAAACACAGAUUUGAAGGCAGAAUUACCAUCACACGGGUCACUGCUGACAUCUCCAUGGCAAAACGGUCCAUUCUCAACAACCCUGGAAAAAAGGCCUUAAUUGACCGGUCGAACACUCGCUCCAAUUUAGCUCAGAUCCAAGGAGAAGUCGAGCGGAUCUUCGAGCUGGCACGCAGCCUCCAGCUGGUGGUCCUGGAUGCAGACACGGUCAACCACCCUAUGCAAGUGGCCAAGACCUCUCUGGCUCCCAUCCUGGUUUACGUCAAAAUCUCCUCUCCAAAAGUGUUGACCCGACUCAUCAAGACGAGAGGAAAGUCUCAAACCAAACAUCUAAAUGUUCAAUUGGUGGCUGCAGAUAAACUUGCUCAAUGUCCACCGGAAAUGUUUGACGUCAUCCUAGACGAGAACCAGCUAACUGAUGCUUGCGAGCACAUCGCUGACUACUUGGAGUCCUACUGGAGAGCCACUCACCCUCCCGAGAUGGAGCCAGCCAACGCAAUGGUGGCCCAGCUGGCUGAGAGCACACUUCCCGUCAGCCCGUCUGCCACACCGGAUGAACACAAGACCAAGAAAGCAGUGGCUACAAAGAGGAAAGGGUCCCGUGACAACCAGCAGGAGCAGGAGACUUCCUCUGCUCCUGUUCAUGAGUCAAAGGCCGAGGAGAAAGUGAGAGAGGAGGAGCAGCUGUUAAAGACUGAGUCCAGGAGACCACAGCACGCCCACCAUCACCACCAUCAUCAUCACCACCAUCGCAAAGCAGAGCAGCCCGACCGCAUCCAGCACUGCCAGACGUCUGAAGAAACAGAAGGGGGUCGAGAUCACACCCAAAGGCUGCCACGAAGACGUUUGCCUCAGGUGAGACCCGAGGAGGCGGAGGACGUUGUGGAAGAGGAGACUGAAGAGUUGGUUCACCACGGCCAUCAAGGGCACAUCCAGCACCACCAACACCACAACAGCAACCACCACCAUCACCACCACCAUCAUCACCAGCACCACCGCGGGAACAGUCACCCUCCGUACGGCGACGAGUACGAACAGGAGCAUAAUGAACGGAACCGACAGCACCGGCAUCACCAGCAUCUUCCGCCACGGACGACUCAGUAUACGGAUCCUCACAAUCCGCCGCACAAUCACCAUCACUACCACAGCAGAGACCGAGAGCGAGACAGGGACAAAGACAGAGACAGACAUCGGAUCAGAGAGCGAGACGGUGGCAGUAAUGCACAACACUGGCACAGAGAUUCCUACAUCCACCAGUAACAUGGUCUCUUCUUGAUGCUGCUGCAGUUUAAAUGCACCAAUCAAAACACUGUUCUGUUGUUUGUAUGCCAUUGAAAUAUUGGUCCUACAUUUUCCCUUCGUAAGAAACUUGAAACCCUGGGUGGAGGCCACAGAGCGGUCCAUGAGAACAAGGCCAGUCUGGACCCCUUUGUCCAGAGUGUUGCCUGCGUGAAGGAAAUGUUGGCUGUGAAGAGUGUUGCUUCAGCAUAUGUACUCACUCCCAUUUGGCUGCACGAAACCCUUGUUCAACCUGAAGCCACAGCACAUAGCAUCCAUUUUCACUCCUCCAAUAUGACUGAUGAGAAACCUUUUUCUUGAUUAGGCGACCACUGUGUGGUAAUAAAAUAAUAAUCAAGAUAAAUUUAUUCACUCAUCACAUGCUACACUUUGAACCCACUCAUGAGGCUGAAAGUGUCACACCGCUUCUUUUGGCCACCACUCUCAAAGAUAAGUUACAUGGGUUCUACCUGUUGCACACUGAUUGUCGCUGCCUCAAGAACAAGCUCUUUUUUCCGUGUGAGUUUGUACCAAGAAAUGAUCAAAGCCCCCAUGUCAAACUACACAGUUCAACGGUUGACACUCCGUGGCUGCGUUCUUGGCCAACUAAAUUAUCAUCAAGUGAAUUUCUACAUCGACAGGAUGACACCGUUUUUUACACAACUGUCAGAAUAGUUUGAAUCAUGUUUCUGUAACUGACUUGUGCUCUAAUGCUGCACACUCUAUGCACCCUGUUGUGAUAAUGACAGAAGUGAAACCUCUAUGCAUUUGUAAAUAUGUCAUAACGGCCUUGCUAGUGAGGAGUGGAGAGACUGGUGUGACAGAGCGAGUGUGAGUCAACUUUGUUUUUUGUACAGAUGUUUUACAAACAUGCACAAUAUUAAAAUGCUAAAUGAACUGCUGUGCUUGUGUUGUUUCAUGAGGGUGUUGAAGAGGAUAAUGGUGG